AUGUAUUCCACUGGCACUCAUGUUCCGAGCCCCUUCUCUGGACCCUCAGGCGGCGAGUGUGACGCAGAGACGCAGCACAGGUGUCCUAACUCCAGGUGCAUAACGCUGGCCAACGUGUGUGACUCCUUCUGCGACUGCCACCCGGACUGCUCAGAUGAAGCCAACUGCACGAGCGACCUCUACGCCAUCUUGGGAGGUGUGAGUCGCUGCGAAGUGGGAUCGACUUUGUCCUGCAUGACAGCUAAUCUUGAUCGAUCACGUGACCGUUGCAUUUCCCCGGAAUUCAUAUGCGACGGACAGAACGACUGCCACAACGGGGAUUUUUACUCGGAUGAAUACGGCUGCGGUAUUGUGAAAGUGACUCUGCCCUUUGGCCACCUUAGCAGCAGAAUUCCACGCCGGUUUCAUAGCUAUAAUUUCCUAUAUCUUGCUACCAUCUACACCUUGAGCUCGUUCAAAGCUGACGAGUGUCCGGGGCCUCAAGAUGGCGGUCGCUGGUUUCUCUGUAGCGAAGGACGGUGCAUUUCGAGUCAUCUGUUGUGUGAUUUCCACCCAGACUGUCUGCACGGGGAUGACGAGACUGACUGUGGUAAGGAGUGUUGCUUUGUUGUCCUCCUUAAAACCGGCCGUUGCGUCAUCUUCAUCGUGACUGUCCAAGCGGAAGAGUCGACGACAAUUUUAUUGCUUCCUUACCGUGUAAGUUCCAGGAGUCGCUACAGAGUCUCUUCAUUCUCAAAGGAAUAUAACAAAUAUUAUCCCGCUUGCAACGUGUCUGAGUGGCGCUGUUCCAGUGGUCAAUGCGUCCCCGAGAGUUCCCGCUGUGACUUGCAGUUCCAGUGCCUCGAUAAAUCUGAUGAAAUCGCUUGUGAGAACAACACCUGUAGCGAAGGUCAGGCACGCUGUAGAAAUGGUCAGUGCCUCUCGUCCCAGCUGUGGUGUGACUGGGUCGUCGACUGUGCAGAUGGUUCGGACGAAGCCAGCUGCGAUCGUCCCGCUGCGUGCAUCGAGGAUGAAUUCCAGUGCAGCAACGGCCAGUGUGUUCCUCUAAGCAGCCGCUGUGACGCCGCCCUUUCACCGCGGGAAGGAUGUGCCGACCGCUCGCACCUUCUCAACUGCUCUCAGCAGGAGUGUGCUGCCGGAGCCUUCCAGUGUGGCUCCGGCCCCUGCGUCCCCUCCUCCAGAGUGUGUGACGGGCGCAUCGAUUGUCCCCUCACGUGGGAUGAUGAAGACCACUGUCUGCAACAAAUUGCAACAUCGUUUGCUUCCCUGACUGAGGAGUACAAGUAUGACAUCUCACAAGGAGAUAUGAGAGAAGAAAUGCUGCAUCUCAAAACGAUCCAUACAGCAAACUACGGGGAAGAGUUUCAAAGCCCAUACAGAUUGCUGAACAAAGUCAGUAAAUUCAGGCUCAAUGAGAUAUUCCCCAACGUAUGGGAUAUUAAUGAGAUAUUCCCCAACGUAUGGGAUAUUAAUGAGAUAUUCCCCAACGUAGACAAGAUAUUCCCCAACGUAUGCAUCGUCCUAAGGACCUUUUGUACAUUGCCCUCGACAGUUGCCUCAGCAGAGAGAUCAUUUAGCAAAUCGAGGCUUAUUAAGAACGUUUUGCGUAGCACAGUGAUGCAAGAACGACUAAACGACUUGGCCGUUUUGUGCAUGCGAUCUUAA